AUGGAAACCAAAAUGUCAAAGAAAACGGGCGGUAUGAGUAGUACCGAAUUUCGGAAGUAUGGUAAAGAAGUAGUAGAUUAUAUUGCGGAUUAUAUUGAAAAUAUACAAAAGAGACGUGUGGUGCCAGCUAUCGAACCCGGAUAUCUACGUAAUCUAUUACCUGAUGUGGCACCUCAACAUGCGGAACCAUUUGAGGAUGUUAUUAAUGAUUUCGAUAGAUAUAUUAUGCCUGGGAUUACCCAUUGGCAACAUCCUCGAUUUCAUGCUUACUUCCCAGCUGGAAAUGCUUUUCCCAACCUUUUGGCUGAUAUGAUUUCAGAUGCUAUCGGUGCAGUCGGCUUUUCCUGGGCCGCAUGCCCUGCAAUGACAGAAUUAGAAAUAAUCAUGUUGGAUUGGCUUGGCCGAAUGAUCGGUCUACCAGAUGCUUUUUUGCCAUUCACCGAAAAUGGAAAAGGUGGCGGUGUCAUACAGGGUUCUGCAAGUGAAUGCAAUUUUGUUUCGCUAUUAGCAGCACGAUUUGAAGUGCUCAAAGAACUCAGACAACGUUUUCCAUUUGUCGAAGAAGGACUCUUACUAUCAAAAUUAGUCGCAUACUGUUCUAAAGAAGCGCAUUCAUCAGUCGAAAAAGCUUGCAUGAUUGGAAUGGUUAAAUUGAAAAUUUUGGACACUGAUGCAAAGUUUCGUCUACGAGGUCAAACACUACGUUUGGCAAUAGAAGAAGAUCGUAAUCUUGGCCUGAUACCAUUUUUCGUGUCCACUACCCUUGGCACAACAUCAUGCUGCUCCUUUGAUGUCCUUUCUGAAAUUGGUCCCGUCUGUCAGGAAAAUGAUUUGUGGUUGCAUGUUGAUGGUGCAUAUGGCGGAAGUGCGAUGAUUUGUCCAGAAUUCCGGCCACUGAUGGAAGGAAUUGAAUAUGCAAUGAGUUUCAAUACCAAUCCUAAUAAAUUCAUGCUAAUCAACUUUGAUUGUUCCACAAUGUGGGUAAAAGAUCGCUACAAACUAACGCAAGCUUUAGUCGUUGAUCCGCUAUAUUUACAGCACAGCUGGACAGACAAAGCAAUUGACUAUCGCCAUUGGGGUGUACCACUCAGUCGUCGUUUUCGAUCGCUGAAAUUGUGGUUUGUGAUUCGAGUUUAUGGUGUUGAAGGAUUGCAAGACUAUAUUCGCAGGCACUGUCGUCUGGCAAAAUUAUUUGAACAGCUGAUACGGGCAGACAAUAUUUUUGAAAUUGUUGGUGAUGUAAUCCUUGGUUUAGUUUGUUUUCGUAUGAUUGCUUCGGAAGAAAUGAAUCAAGAACUUCUUACCAAAUUAAAUUCUUCUGGACGUAUUCAUAUGGUGCCAGCAUCGUUGAAUGGACGUUUCGUGAUUCGUUUCUGUGUUUGCGCUGAACAUGCCACCGAGAAGGACAUUCAAGUUGCUUACGAUUUCAUUUCACAAACAGCUCGACAUAUCUUUCAAAAUUCGGCUUCAUGUCCACUUGCUGAAGAUGACGAAUUGGAAACGACGGAAGAGAAACAAGAAUGGCAAUCCGAGCAAAAGAUUGUUGACAAAAAUGAAAUUUUGAAACGAAAAGAGCAGGCGACAUUAUCACAGAAACGUUCCUUUCUUGUUCGAAUGGUUUCCGAUCCAAAAUGUUAUAAUCCGAAAAUUGUGCGUCAUUUAACGACGAGUAGUUUUCGGAAAAUAAAUGAAGAUGUUGUCCGAGAUCUCUCAUUACGGUAA